CAUGCGCGCAGCUCAGCAUCAGGAAACGAAUCAAACAUAAGCGAGGAUUGUCGCGUGGAUCUCUGAACAUGGAUCCAGCAUGGAUGGGUCUUGAUAUGGAAACUCAGACUAUGCUUGAAACAGCGAUUAAAGAUCCCAAGACAGUAGAUUUGGAGAAGCUGUCUAAUGCUGUUGUAGAACAUUCAUUGAAAGACCUAUCAUUCUGUAAAGAAGCUGGCCGCAUGUGUUAUGCUGUAGUUCAGGCAGAGGCUCAGAAAACCGCAUCCAGUGUGUUCAGGCGAAAUCUGUUGAACCGUUUACAGCAAGAGUUCAUUGCAAGAGAAGAGACACGAAAACGCUCAAUGCAGGAGUGGGUGUGUGUGGUCACAUUUAUCUGCAGCAUUUUUGAUUAUAUCAAGGUGAAUAAUGCUCCCAUUGCUGCCCUUGUGGAUCCAGUGUAUGACUGCCUCUUUAGAUUGGCUCAGCCUGAUUCUCUGAUGAAUGAGGAAGAGGUGGACUGCCUGGUUGUACAGCUCCAUCGUGUUGGUGAACAGCUGGAGCAAACAAAUUCGGAGCGCAUGAAUCAGCUGUUUUACUUGCUGCGAGAUGGUUUUCUCCUUCAGGAAGACCUCAGCUCAAUGACAAGACUCUUGCUCCUGGAGAUCCUGGAGUUUAGGGCUAGUGGCUGGACUCUCACUGAGACUGCACACAAAUAUUACUACAGUGAAGUAGCUGACUGAGGAGAGAAUGUGCUUUCUUGUUAAGGUUUUCAAAUGUUCAGUGUUCCUAGACUGUCUAAAGAGUACCUCAUGGGAUCCCAUGUAGUGGUACUGGAACAAUACGGCAGAGCACGUUCAUGCAUUUGCAUGUGUUGUGUUCAGCGUUCGAGUUUAGCUCAGAAUGUUUUAGGUCUUUUGAGGAUAAUGUGUUGAGUCUGCACUGGAUGAAGAUUUGAUGCAAUAAGAAGAGCAAUCACUACCAGCCGUAAAACUGUCACCAGCAGUAUUCUUGAUUUGUGGUUGACUUUUCUUUUUUAAUUGUAAAAUUGUUCUUAGAGGUAUGACAGUGUACGUUUCAUAUGUACACAUCAAAAUUUUAUAGCACAGGAUUACUGCAACCUCAAUAGAAGCUUCUCUGGUCUUAAUCUGGGUUGAUACUUUGUUUCUUAAUUUAUACAAUUUUCUAUAUUGUUCAAGUUGCUGCGUGGGCCAAUAUGGGUGAAAACAUGUUCAUGUAAGCUAUGUAAAGUUAU